AUGUCUGUCUGCUUCUACUAACCCCUGCCCUGCCCCCAAUUUUUGCGUUUAUUCAUUCACCAUUCCAAAACAGAGGAAGCAGAUAAAACCAAAGAGAAACAGAAAAGGAAAACAGAGAGAAAGAGAUUGAGAAGAAAGAAAAAAAAAAUGCUGAUACUGGAAUCUUGUUUAUCUUUUCAAUGAGAAACCCAAAUCUGUGACAGACAAACAGGGGUUUGAUAAAUGACAGUUUCAGAGUCAAACGGUGGUGGUGACGUUUUCCCAUGGCUGAAGUCGAUGCCAGUGGCGCCGGAGUACCGGCCAACCGCGGCGGAGUUCGAAGACCCAAUCGCCUACAUUUUCAAGAUCGAGAAGGAAGCAUCCAAGUUCGGCAUCUGCAAGAUCAUCCCUCCCUACCCUGCGCCGCCGAGGAAAACCGCUAUCGCCAACCUCCACCGCUCCCUCCCCGGCCCCACAUUCACCACACGCCAGCAGCAGAUCGGGUUCUGCCCCCGCAAGGCCCGACCCGUUCAGCGCCCUGUUUGGCAGAGCGGUGACAGCUACACCUUCCAGGAGUUCGAGCUCAAGGCCAAGAAUUUCGAGAAAACGCAUUUCAAGCGCCACGGCAAACACCACGGCGGCGCUGCUGGUUGCAAGGGUCCCCUUGAAACGGAGACAUUGUUCUGGAAAGCCACCGUGGACAAACCUUUCUCCGUCGAGUACGCCAACGACAUGCCGGGGUCGGCGUUUUCUCCGAAAUGCCGCCGCGGCGCCGGGGAGCCUGCGUCGCUGGCCCACACUGGUUGGAACAUGAGAGAGGUUUCCAGGGCGGGUGGGUCUCUGUUGAGGUUCAUGAAGGAGGAGAUUCCUGGUGUGACUUCACCAAUGGUGUAUGUUGCUAUGAUGUUCAGCUGGUUCGCUUGGCAUGUUGAGGACCAUGACCUUCACAGCUUGAAUUACCUCCACAUGGGUGCUGGGAAGACCUGGUAUGGUGUCCCUAAGGAUGCUGCUGUUGCAUUUGAGGAGGUUGUUAGGGUUCAUGGCUAUGGCGGAGAGAUAAACCCUCUUGUUACUUUUUCUAUUCUUGGUGAGAAGAACACAGUGAUGUCGCCUGAAGUAUUAGUUAGCGCAGGUGUUCCAUGCUGCAGGUUAGUGCAAAAUGCUGGGGAAUUUGUUGUGACAUUUCCAAGAGCCUAUCACACAGGAUUUAGUCAUGGUUUUAAUUGUGGAGAGGCAGCGAACAUUGCAACACCUGAAUGGUUGAGGUUUGCUAAGGAAGCUGCUAUUCGGAGGGCUUCGAUAAACUACCCUCCCAUGGUUUCUCAUUUCCAGUUACUUUAUGACCUUGCCUUGGCUUUGAGUUCUAGAAACCCUGGACAAAUCAGUGCUGAACCUCGGAGUUCUCGUCUUAAAGAUAAGAAGAAGGGUGAAGGAGAAGCUGUAAUCAAAGAACUUUUUGUGCAGGAUGUGUUACAGAACAAUUAUAUACUUCAUGUACUCGGAAAAGAGUCUCCUGUAGUACUUCUUCCUCGCUGCUCAGUUGACAUUUCUGUUUGCUCAAAAUUACGCGUUGGAUGCCAGCAGCUAAAAGUGAACCCUGGGUUUUCCGUGAAUGUAGGCAUUUCUGAGGGAAUGAACUCCUCAAAAGAUUUUGUUUCUGAUGGUGUGGACAGGAAUCAUGGAAUCAGGCAAGAAAAAAGUUUCUAUUUUGUGAAAGACAAGUUUACUACAGUGUGUGAAAAGAGCAGGAUUUCCUCAUUUGAUUCAAAUGGUAACACAUGCACUUCAAGUUCUAAGCCACUUCAAAGAGAGAGUGAAACUAGACAAGAAGAUGGGUUGUCAGACCAGAGACUAUUUUCAUGUGUCACAUGUGGAGUAUUAAGCUUUUCCUGUGUUGCAAUUGUACAGCCUAGAGAACCAGCAGCUAGAUAUCUUAUGUCUGCUGAUUGUAGCUUCAUUAAUGAUUGGGUUGUUGGUUCUGGAGUACCCAGCAAUAAAUUUACUGUCGCAAAUGAAGAUGCAAAUAUUCCUGAGCCAAAUAUGUAUGCAGGGUGGACAAAAAAGAAUGCCCAAGGUGGUUUGUAUGAUGUUCCUGUUCAAUCUGCUCAUGACCAGAUACUGAAUGUAGACCAGAUACUGAAUGUAGAUCGGAAUUAUAAGGAGGCUGUAAAUACUGAAAGAGGAAAAUGCAAUACUGCCCUUGCAUUAUUGGCUUCAGCAUAUGGAAAUUCUUCUGACUCUGAGGAAGAUCAGGGUGACCUUGAUAUUGUAGUUGAAGGUCAUGAAUCAAAUGAUAUAAACUCAUCAGGAAAAUUGCCUUCUCAUUUUCGGGAUUCCCAUCCUAGUCUCGUGACUGAACUUGAUAGGCAAGAUGAUAUUCCCUCAACGAGUGCCAGUUAUGAGGAUUAUAUGCAUCAUAGAUUUGAGAGUGAUUUGAGUCAUCAGUCUUUUGACCAUUCUUUUGAGAACCAGGAUUACAAAAUCACUUCAGGGGCUGCAUUUAUAAAUACAAGGGCAGUUCCUGAUCCCACUUCUAACUGUUCCCAAUCUGAUGAAGACUCAUGUAGAAUGCAUGUAUUCUGUCUAGAGCAUGCUGCAGAGGCAGAGAAGCGACUUCGCCCCAUAGGAGGAGCCAACAUAUUGCUACUUUGUCAUCCAGAUUAUCCCAAGAUAGAGGCUGAAGCAAAGUUGGUGGCAGAAGAUUUGGCGAUUGAUUACAUGUGGAAGGAUAUUGCAUAUAGGCGUGCCACCAUAGAGGAUGAGGAGAGGAUAAAGUCAGCUCUGGAUAGUGAAGAAGCUAUUCCUGGGAAUGUGGACUGGGCUGUAAAGCUAGGAAUCAAUCUCUUUUAUAGUGCAAAUCUUAGCCGCUCUCCUCUUUAUAGUAAGCAGAUGCCUUACAAUUCUGUUAUAUAUCAUGCAUUUGGUCGUAGCUCUCCAGCAAGCUCGCCCACAAAACCAAAAGUCUAUCAGAGAAGGGCCAGCAAGCAGAAAAAGGUAGUUGCUGGGAAAUGGUGCGGUAAAGUUUGGAUGUCCAAUCAGGUCCACCCCCUUCUUGUAAAAAGAGAUCCUGAAGAUGUUGAGGAUGAGACAAUCUUACAUCGGAGGGUAUUACCAGAUGAGAAAAUUGUGAGAUCAAAAAAUAUCCCCAAAAAUGAAACUACUGUAAAAAAAUAUGGCAGGAAAAGGAAAAUGACUGUAGAGUGUAGGCGAACUAGGAAAGGAAGUUUUGCUGAGAAAGAUGUGGUUUCAGAUAAUGCCACUGAAGAUAAACCCAAUCCUAAGCAAAGGAGGAUUUUGAGAAGUAAGAAAGCUAGACAUGUUGAGAGAGAAGGUGAAGAUUUGGAAAGGGAUUAUUCUUCUCCACAUCAUAGAAAUCACAUAAGCAAGCAAACAAGCACUGAAUGUGGUGCAGUUUCUGAUGAUUUGUUUGAUGGUAAUCAUGACGCACGGCAUAGGAGUUUUGAUGUCAAAAAAGAAAAAUUUAUUGACAGUGAUGUGAUUUCAGAUGAUGCAGUGGAAUAUGAUUCUGAUUGGCAGCAGAGGGGAGAGCUUCGAAGCAAGCAUGCUGAAGACAGAGAGAGAGACUCAAUUUCAGAGGAUUCUAUGAGUAUUGCUUCCCUUCAGCUGCAAAGGAAGACUUCUAAAAGUAAGCAUGCCCAAUACAUUCGUGAAGAAGAUGCAAUUUCUGAUGACCAAAUGGAGAAUCAUUGUCAGAAGCAGCAAAAGAGAAUCCCUAAAAGCAGGCAACGCAAAUACCUUGCUCAAAAAGAUAUAAUGAUUUCUGAUGACCAGCUGGAGCUGAACAUGCGGAAGCAGUGGCAGGGUAAUUCUAAAAGUAGGAAAGCCAAAUACCUUGCUGAAGAGGAUAGCAUAUCAGAUGACCAACUCGAGGACAAUUGUGACAAGUAUCAGAGUAGGACUCCUAAUGGCAGAGAAGCUGAGUGUGUUGCAGGGGAAGAUGUGAUGUCUGACGACCAAUUGGAGGAUGCCUUUCAGAAGCAGCAGAGAAGAUUUCCUAGGAGCAGGCAAAGCAAACGCAUUGAUAAAGAAAUUGUGGAUGACUCUGCUGAAAAUAUUUCUCAUGUGCUGCAUAAAACUCCAAAAAGGAAGCAUGCUAAAUGCACAGAUGAUGAUGGUAUGAAUUCAGAUGAUGAAAUGGAAGAUGAUUCUCAUCAGCAGCAGAAGAGAACUCUUCGAACUAAACAAUCUAAACCAAAGACACUUUGGCAGAUGAAACAACCUAAUUGCCUCCUAGUGAAAAACCAGACAUCUCAGCCGGUAAAACGAGGGGUGGCACGGAUGCUGGUGAAAUCAAAGGCUCCACAGCAAGUAAAACAGUCUUCUCGUUUGCGGAUUAAGCAACCUGGUAACUCCAGAGAGUUAAAUUUGCAGGUGGAAGAGGAGGAAGAAGGUGGACCUAGCACACGCCUGAGGAAGAGAGCUCCAAAGGCUCAGGAGUCUGAAGGAAAGUUGAAAGUCAAGCAAACCAAAAGGAGAAAGGAGAAGAAUGCUACUGCUGCAAAGGUUUCAGCUGGCCGUGCCAAAAGGAAAAAUGAGGAAGCAGAAUUCCAGUGUGACAUUGAGGGGUGCACCAUGACUUUUGGGUCAAAACAGGAGCUGACGCAUCACAAGAAAAAUAUCUGUCCUGUGAAAGGUUGUGCGAAGAAGUUUUUCUCACACAAGUAUCUGGUGCAGCACCGUCGAGUUCAUGAGGAUGACCGCCCCUUGAGGUGCCCUUGGAAAGGAUGCAAGAUGACUUUCAAAUGGGCAUGGGCUCGUACAGAGCAUAUUCGAGUACACACUGGUGCACGUCCUUAUGCAUGUGCUGAGCCAGGUUGUGGGCAAACAUUCAGAUUUGUGUCUGACUUCAGUCGUCAUAAGCGAAAGACUGGUCAUUCAGCAAAAAAGAGUAGUCAAUAGCGGCAUAGAUGUAAUUGUAACUGUAACAUGGUUUCAGAAUUUAUGAAUCCAUUGAUCAAUUGAUCCUGCUAGCACUAGGUUUUAGUGACAGUUUAGAUGCCCCUGCAAUUGCCAUUUGUACUAACAAGUAACAACUAUUGAUUCAGUUUGCUUUGGGUCUUCAACCCAUUAGUUCAUUGAAAUUAAAGCAAUUGCUUGGAUCUGGAAA